GGUUUCACUUUUUUUUCUUUUACAAUAUUUGGUUAAUACGGUUACACUUUUUCCACAUUCCUUCUCUUUCUUUUAACUCUCUAUAAAGUGGUGAAUUUGUGUACAAGACUCCCACACUCAUCACUCAGAUAGUCUUCAGUUGCAGAGUAAAGCAUCAGGCUCUCCAAGUCUUUUCUCUUUUCCUGUUUUAGGAAGUGGAAUGAAAUAUUUUCUUCUCACUGAAUAUAAAUUAGUAACUAGAACGAUGACAAGCACACCGUCUCUAUCAGAAUCAGCCCGUGAUGUUGGAGAUGGAUUCCGUCCUAAGGAAGCAGAAUUGGUGAAUCAUUAUCUCAACAAAAAGAUUUCAGGUUAUGAUCAAGAAGUUUGUAGAAUUCCUGAACUUAACGUCUACAAGCUCGAACCCUGGGAUUUAAUCCAGCAUUCAGGAGUAAAUUCAAAUGAACAAGAAUGGUACUUCUUUCAUCCUAACGGCGGACGGCCAAGCAGAACAACAAAAAAUGGACUGUGGAAAGAUACCUGCAGAACACGUAAAGUUAGACAUGCAGAGAAACAGAUUGGUACCAAAAAGACUUUUGUUUUCCAUGAAGGUGGUCCUCGUAAAAGAGUAAGGACUCGUUGGACUAUAUAUGAAUACAGUACGACAUUCAAUUUACAUAACCAGAGAGCUUUUGUUAUCUGUAAACUAUUUAAGAACCAGAACAAAAAAGGUACUACGCCUGACUGCAAUGAAGGUGAACUUGUUCACAACAUGAGCAUUCAUGAUCUUGAACAUCAGGAUCACAAUCUAAAGAGUAACAACCCAACUUUUGGUGAAGAUGAGACAAGUCAGGUUAUGACUUGUGAAAAUCAAGCAACAAAUAUUGCAACGUCAGAAGAGGUAGAUCCUCAACUGCUAUCAAAUCCGGGAUUCUUCACUGGCUGCAACAGUCAGUAUUAUAGCGAAGACCCUGCAAAAUAUUUGUGUAUGAACGGAGAGCAAUACUUCUCCAACGAUGAUCUUUGGAAAUUCUGCGAUACCUGAAGAUCUGUUCCACAGGCCUUCACCUGUGUAGUUGAGAUCCUAGUCUAUGCUAAAGCAGUAUAAUAUUAGAACUAAUAAGCUUAAUUGCAGCAUUUGAGGGUAAUAGAUACCAUCGAUGCUGCAUCCAAAGCAUAACUUGGUUCCUUCCAGCAAAUACCGAUUUGCGCAUGGACCAUCAAUCUGUGGUAGCACACACUAUCAUAUGAAUGUCCAACAUACAAGAGUGUUUAUGUUUUAUGGCAACUCAACUCCGUUCAAUUUGCAGUUGCCUGUUUAUUAUUUCACUCAUCAGUUUGUUUCUCUGUAAAAGUAUUUAGCCUACUAGUUUGUUCUGCAAACUGGUGGCGCCUAUAUUAUAUAUAUAUAUAUAUUGAUUUCUGAAGAAAGUUUAAUCGAAAUUUCUGUUUUACUGUUUC